GGCAUGAAGAACGCGCUGAGCCACGGCCCUCCUCCCGUCCUCGUCAAGCUGAUGCAAGAAACGUCCAGACUCCCGAUGCAGCAGCUCCCUCCCCUCCAGAGGUCGAUGCGAGGUCACAGUGCAGGCGACGAAGGAUCGCUGGCUUCCUCUGUGUUCGGCAAUGAGCCCGUUCAUGAGUCGCACAAGCCUCUGACCAAAUCUGCAUACAUCAAGAGGACGUCUAAGAUCAACGAUGUGCCUUCUCAUCGGAUCGCACGAGGGCUUGUUCCAAUUUCAACUAAUCGACUCGAUAUCUCGAUGCACGAAGAGAUCAUAGGGUGGAGCACUAGCUAUAGGAAGGAUUCCAUAGCCGACAGCUCUGUUCUCAUGGGCAGAGGGUUUCAAGAAGAGGAGGGGAGAAGGGGAGAAGACAACAAGGACGGGGGCUGGAAGAGCCUGGAUGGCAGCCAUGGAAUCUCAACGGACAAGAUUCGCUUCAUCGAGCCCAUCUCGGACAUCGUCGUGCCCAGUAAGAGCAACUUGCUCCAUCUGCCCUCAGGGCCUGAGCAUGUUCCAGCUCCCCGGUCGGUUCCCACCAUGAGCUAGCGAAGUGGGAAAGGAAGCUUGUGUACUUUAUCUUCUUGCCUGCCAGACAUGACUUACCAUCUAACGCCGAACGCAUCAUGUAAACAUUGAGAACAGAGAUGUAUGAGGUAGAGGUCAAUGAAAUCAAUUUUCAUC